CUCCGCGACUCGCUCGCUAGUAGUAAUAUGACGGGCGUACAGGCGGGUCGCAGCGCGUGGCGAGAGGAGGCUAGCCUUGGCGCCCAGGCUCGGUAGUGCCGUCCGGUCGCGGUGCACACACCCAUGCGAGCUCGCGGAUAAUCGCGGAGAAAAGCCUCCCCCGCUUCGUGCCUUCCCUGUCCCGCCGUUCUCCCCGUCCUCGCACACCGGGAGGGUCUAGGAGGAUGGGCGUCUAGCGGGCCAGCGCCGAUCUGUCUCUGCGGGGGUCGCGCUCAGGUCGCGCCUUACGCGGCGGGUGAAAUAUGCUCAAGUUCCUCACCCACAAGCUUAAGAACCACUCCCUGAAUGAGGACAAGUCGCCCGUGGACAAGGCUGACGAGAUCCACGAUUCUGGAACAGAAUCUGACGACGAAAACGUCGAACGUGAAGACUCCGAAAUCAAUAUGGAGUGUGAAGUUGAUAGAUGGAGUGGCUCAACAAUAAGCCCACUUCCAGACACUGUCAUCGCCAGUGGCACUGCCACCCCAGCAAGUCCAUACUUCUUGGAUUCGGCCUUACCAUCUGACUCCGACCUUAACUAUGAUCAUCAUAGUUCUGAAGAAGAGUUGGAAGUCAUUAACAGUACAAUCCCUCAGGAGCCUCGCCAACCUCCACCAAGAAGUCAAAGCGCUUCCACUGUGCCUGAGAAGCGCAAGUGGUCACAAGUAACAAGAAGUGUGACGCCACUGGAUGAUUCACCAGCUGGUGAAAUUCUAAUCCCACCAAGUUCUGGUAGCUCAGGAGACGAAGAAGUUCAAGGGCUGCUGGCUGCCAUGGCUACUCCUGUUCGGUUCCGUACUUCACCUCCAAGGGAUGCCCAUAAACCUGGUCACCGUUCCUUUUCACCACCUAUGAAGUUAUUCCAUUUAGACGUUUCACCUAGGAAGAAACACCGUCAGAAUACAAGACCUCAUCACAUCCAGAGACCAUGUCUGGACUUUGAAAAAAUGCAGCAGAUGAAAGCUCGUGCUGUCACAUCCUGGAGGCAUAGUGGUGAGCACGGAAGUGAGCUGUCGGUUUAUUGCUGGUGAAGAGUUGAAUCGAGUCUACAAGACAUGACCAUCCUCAUCUCAGUGUCUUGUCUUGUUGAAUCGGGUCGACCCUUCAACUCUAGACUUUUAUUCAAUUAUAGAGUAUAUGAGCGGGUCAAGGCACCUGCCAACAGUGCAAAGUGAGACUUUUUAUCAAUAUAUAGAUUCGUUUUAUUAGAAGUUACGCAAAAAAAGAUGAACUCUUUUUUUCAAUUUUUUUAAUUUUGAACUUGUGAUGAAGAAAGAAGAUGAAUUUGUGUGUGGGAAGGUGGUGCCAUUGUGAUGGAAGUCUGACGUUGUCCAGAGUGUAGUGAUGUCGGAUGACCAUUUUUCAAUUGAUAUUUUUUUAUGGAAGUUAAAGUAGGAUGAAGAGACGUGAAGAAAAGAAUGAUUAAAUGUAGAACUUCAGUGUGAUCUGUGCCCACACCUCUACGCUUGACUGGAUAUUUAUUCGAAUGCAAAGAUAAUUGUAACUUCUAUGAUUAAUUAAGAGAAUGUGGUUGCAGGUUUGUGGCUUACACAAAGUGAUCAUUUUUUAAAAUUGUUGUUCUCAAAAUAAUUACAUCCUCAAAAGCAUAAAAGUACAAAAAAAUAAUCAUGAAAUUUAAGCACAUGAUAAGCAUUCAAAUUGCGAAUCCCUCAUAAUGUUAAAAUUAGUUGCUUUUAAAAAGUAGCUUAGGUUUGAGUGUUUUUGGUAUCUUGGUGUGAUGAAUGGACGGACCAAAAGCAGGGUGUCUUGCUGUAAAGAAGCUUGAAGGGCUGUAUUCAGCACCCUGAGGUGUUCGCAAUGUUUCACACCAAAGAAAUGAUUGUAUUUUCUCUUGUUCUGCACUGAUAGUGCAUUAUUGCACAGAACUGUUGUGUCCUGGACAUCAUUUUGUUGUUUGGGAGAGGAUUGAUGUAGUCCUAGAAAUGGACUGUGGGAAUAAGCUUUAAUGUUUACAAAUCUCAUAAAAUCAAGUACAUGUGAAAAUAAUGAUAAAAUUUAGUUUAAGCAAUUGCUGGACACCAUAAUUACAGGAAAUAUAUCUCCAAUUUUACAGUGCUUCCAGCACAUGAUUGCAAACCAUCAAAAACAGUAUUUUAUUACAAAGAACUGCAUGCUAGAAUGAUUGGUGAAAAAAAAACUGCAUGGAAUUUUAUAAUGAAAUUGAUUGCCUCUUUGUCAUCUGCUGUAGGGGCAUUUUUGUUUUGUUCUUCAUGAAGAAAUAAUCGUGUAAAAAAUAGUUUUGUAGAGAUUAAAUUGGUUAGGUGUGUAACAAUACUUUUGGAGAAAAUUUCAACUUUUGAAAAAUAUUUCUAGCUCCUUGCUAAGGAGCUUGAUUCUGAUUCUUAUUGGAGAUUAGGCUUAUCUCUGUAAUUUUGAGUAUUUUGAUGUCUUAAUCUAGAUUGUUGAAAGUUGCUGAUGUAAAAUGUUUUUGCUUUGGCAGUUUUUUAUUCCUUGAUCUGGCUUUCCAGCAGAAAUUUUGGAAGAGGAAAGAUGUGUUACAAACACUCUGCCCUUCAAACGACUGUCCCAAGUCCCAAGAAAUUCUAGUGAUAUGCCCUGCAAUGUUUACAGCCAGUCAUUUGAGUAUUCUAUGUUGUGUUUAUUUGAAUUGAUUUUAUUGUUUAUAUUGAAGGCCAAGCCCAGCCCUCCUACUUAUUGUUCAGUAUUGGCAUGUGAGUUAACAGAGCAAAAUGUACAAAACCUAUUCUCUGUACAAACUAAGUGUUUGCAGUCUGACAUGCUAUGCAAAAAGACUCCUUUUAAAUUCUUGCCUCUCUUCGAUUACUGUUAUGUUAUUAUUUUUUUUUGUUACAAGCAUUUUGUAUAUAAUAAAGGAUACAAAAUAAAUUGAUCCUUUACUUGACAAAGAGAACAA